UCCAUACUUUCCUUUUUCCGGUUCGGCUAGAACAGAGUCGAACACGUAAAUAUUUGUGAGAAAGAAUCCACUCACAUCUGAUCCAAAAUGAAGCUUUUUAGGGACGUCAUCUCAGGUGAUGAACUCUUAACCGAUGCCCUACCCAUGAAAGACCUAGGAUGUGUCUACCAGGUUGAAGCCAAGCUUGUUCCAGAGGACUCGAGUGUUUCGGAUGCCCUCAUUGGUGGGAAUAAAAGCGCAGAGGGCGGGGCAGAGGACCUUGAUGACUCCGUGCAAUGGAAGCUGAAUGUGGUCAGUGCCAAUAAUCUUGUAGAGACGGGGUUCUCUAAAAAAGAUUAUCAGACUCAUAUCAAGACGUACAUGAAAAAGAUUGAAGAGCACUUAAAGACAACAAAUCCAGAUAGAGUGGCACCAUUCAAACAGGAGGCCAGUGCACAGGUUGCCGGUUUUUUGAAAAGAUUCAAAGAUCUAGAGUUUUACACAGGCAAUAGUAUGGAUCCAGAUGGAAUGGUAGUUUUAAAGGAAUACAUUGACAAAGAUGGUGAAGAGGUACCCGUAUUUUACUUCUUUAAAGAUGGUUUGUCUGAGGAGAAGCUUUGAAAUGGAAGAAACUGUCCCAGGAAAGAUAAAAUAACAACUUUGAGUAAACAGAAUUAAAAGGACAUGGCUGCUUGGCAGUUAUUCCUGUUUGGCCACUUUUCAAAUUCUAUUGAGGAAAUGGACUUAUUUUUGUCUAAAAGCACUUUCGAUACUAGGCAUUACAUAUAUAAUAUUUAUGUGUGUGUAUGAAUGUAAAAAGAACAACAACAACAAAAAAAGUGAAUUCUAAGAAUGCAUUGCUGCAUCCAUUGUAAAAUUUGCCAUUUCCCUUUUCUGUGCUAUUAUACAUAUUAUGCCAUGUGUAAACCUGUUAUCUGAACAAGAUGAAACUGAAUUUUUAUAUGCACUUACAAAGGGUGAGAUCGUAAUCUUUGUUUAUUUCUUUUUUUCUUUGACAAGCUCUUGGAAUGGUGAAUAGACCAUGUUUGAAGGACCCCAUUCAUAAAUUAUUGAAUGUCUUUUACUUGUACAGAAUGACGAAAAAAAAAAAA